UUGUAGUAUUUGUUUCCCCAGAAAGGUGGCGAUUGAACGGGACGACUGGAAGAAAACUUUUAAAGAUUUUCAUCCGACAGGAGAAAGAAAACGCGCAGGAGUCAGGAUCAGGGCAGGUUGGGGGACCUGGACCAAGGAUGCACUGAACUCCGAAACUUCUGCUGAAGUGUCUCCCUCAAGGCAGCUAUGGCAUCAGCUCCCUCGAAUCCAGGACCUCCAUCUUUGAGCUCCCAGGUUCAUGCUGCCGCUGUCAAUGGAGAUCGCAGCGCACUCCUCAAACUCAUCACAGCAGAGCCCACUCUGCGGGACCACGAGGACCAGUUUGGCAGGACCCCUUUGAUGUACUGUGUCCUGGCUGACCGCCUGGAUUGUGCUGAGAUCCUUCUGAAGGCUGGAGCCUCGGUCAACAAGACGGACCACAGCCAGCGCACUGCUCUGCAUCUCGCUGCACAGAAGGGGAAUGUGCGUUUCCUGAAGCUGCUGCUAUCUAGGCGUGCAAACUGGCUGCAGAAAGAUUUGGAAGAGAUGACCCCCCUUCACCUGGCCACCCGACACCCCUCCCCCAAAGCCCUUGCCCUGCUGCUGAAAUACAUCGGGCCUGGUGAAGUUGACACACAGGACAAAAACAAGCAAACUGCUCUCCACUGGUCAGCCUUCUAUAACCGACCAGAACACGUUCGCCUUCUGAUCAAGCACGAUUCCAACAUUGGCAUUCCAGACAGUGAGGGCAAGAUCCCUUUGCACUGGGCCGCCCACAGUCGGGAAUCCAGCGCCACACAAACUGUCCGCUGUAUCCUGGAAGCAGCUCCCACUGAGUCCCUGUUGAACUGGCAAGACUACGAGGGCCGGACACCUCUGCAUUUUGCCGUCGCUGAUGGUAAUGAGGCAGUGGUGGAGGUGUUGACAUCUUACCAGGGCUGUAAUGUGACAGCUUAUGACAACCUCUUCAGAACACCGCUGCACUGGGCCGCUCUGCUCGGCCAUGCCAAAAUUGUGCACCUGCUGUUGGAGAGGAACACUUCAGGCACUAUUCCCUCAGACAGCCAAGGAGCGACACCGCUGCACUAUGGUGCACAGAGCAACAACGCUGAGACAGUGGGUGUGUUUCUGUCCCAUCCGUCAGUGAAGGAUGAACCUGACCUGGAGGGUCGGACGGCAUUCAUGUGGGCUGCUGGGAAGGGCAGUGAUGAUGUUAUCCGCACCAUGCUGGCCCUCACCCCACACAUUGACAUCAAUAUGGCCGACAAAUAUGGAGGCACAGCACUGCAUGCAGCCUCUCUGUCGGGCCAUGUGAGCACAGUGAAGCUGCUGCUGGAGAGAGGAGCGAUGGUUGACUCGCUGGAUGUCAUGAAGCACACACCACUUUUUCGUGCUUGUGAGAUGGGACACAGGGACGUCAUACUUACCCUCAUCAAAGGUUCUGCACGGGUGGACCUGGUGGAUGUGGAUGGUCACACAGCACUGCACUGGGCAGCUCUGGGAGGAAAUGCUGAAGUUUGCCAGAUUCUAAUGGAGAAUGGAAUAAGUCCCAAUGUACAGGAUCAGGCAGGACGGACACCACUGCAGUGUGCUGCUUAUGGUGGCUACAUUACCUGCAUGGCUGUUCUCAUGGAGAACAAUGCUGAUGCAAACAUUCAGGAUAAGGAGGGACGAACUGCUCUGCACUGGUCAUGCAACAAUGGUUACCUGGAUGCAGUCAAACUGUUGCUGGGCUGCAGCGCCUUCCCCAAUCACAUGGAGCACACUGAAGAGAGGUACACACCUCUGGACUACGCUCUGCUGGGAGAGCACAGCGAGGUGACUCAGUUCAUGUUGGAGCAUGGCGCUCUGUCGAUAGCAGCUAUCCAGGACAUUGCCGCCGCCUCCAUCCAGGCUGUAUACAAGGGCUACACCGUCCGCAAGGCCUUCAGAGAGAGAAAGCAGCUGCUCAUGAGGCAUGAGCAGCUGCGCAAGGAUGCUGCCAAGAAACGUGAGGAAGAACACAGGAGAAGGGAAGCCGUGCAGAAAAUAUCUGUGGCCAGUGCUGAGAAAUGGAAGGUGUCUGUGGUGAGAGAGGAGCCAGAGGGGGUGUCCUUGGUGAACUUUAUGGAGGAUUUAUCCCUAAAUGACUCGGUUAAAGCAAAAAAGAAAUUGUCCAAAGUUGGACACACUAAGAGUAAAGAGGAGCGGCACAAAGCCGACAGGAGCGGAUUCUCCAAAAGAAGUAAAGUGGCUGAAUCAUGUGAGGUUUCUGAGUCUCUGGGUAGCCAUUGUGCUAGGAGCUGUGACACUGUGGAUUGUGCUCCUCAAAUCACCAGGAUGAAGGAAUCGCUCUCCCUUACCUGUUACAAGAAGCCACCAAGCCCCAAACACAGACUACUACCCUCCAUGCCCAAAGUUAAAGAACGCUCUUCCUCAAGCACAUGCACACCUUCCACAGUCUUCUCCAGCAUGGACCAAACUGAUGCCACUUACAGACAAAAGAUCCCUGGCAGUAAGAGAAACACUCCCACAGCUGUGCAGGCUGACCCUGGCAAAACUCAUACCCACACCUCUUCAUUAAUACAUAGACGACACAAGGAGCAAACGUCAGAAAAGCCAGUAACUAAGGACCAAACUCGCAACCCCUCAUUAAAAUGCCCAUCUUCUUUGGACCACAAAAGCCCUUCAAGGAAGAUACACACUCACACUCUCACACACACGCCAGUUUCAACGUGCACACUUUGGGAAGUCGACAGAAAACAGCGCAGGAAGAAGAAUGAGGCCGCACGCACCAUUCAGCGAGCUUGGCGAAGGUACCGUGAAAGUACACAGAGAGAAGCCUAUGAAGGGGUGGAGCUAAGUGAUUCAAACCACACACCUCACCGGCAGAAGACUGAAGUCCGAGCUCCGGUUGCUAAACCAGCAGCAAAAAAACACACAGUGCUCCAAAGCAUCUAUGGUAGCUCUGUGGCCAGACGGGGGCGAUCUGUUCAGGGCGAUCAGUCCCAGCUACACCUGGACUUGCCUUUGUGCAGCCACAGCCAAUUGAGCGGGAUCAGCUGUGUGCACCUGCCUGAAGCCAUAAGUCAGGCGAAGCAGUACUCUUACCACCUCAGACCACACAGUGCUGCACAGGCGACAAGAGGCCGGGGAAAACACUGAAGCUGCACACACGCCUCAUGUCCUUUGAUGUUUUCUCAGCUGGCAGGCACCCGAAGAGCUAUAGAAUUACUGUACGCAUUGUUCGCACAGAGCACCAAGUUUUCUAAAAUUAAGCCAUAUGACAUCAGAGGCAUGACCUCACAGGGUGGGGUUAACUCAACAGAAACAGUGUAAAAGAUAACCUUUCUUACAUUGUGGAAGGAGCGCACACACAUGCACUCCGUCGUCUCCCACGUCCUCAAUCUCAGGCGCACACACUGAGAUAACCUUUCCUCCUGUGGUGGAGAAUGAGGCGGUCUAUCAACAGCCGCUCAUACCGAUAGCCCACCUGCAGCUCCGUGCACACACUAAAUGUGUGCACAGCAGUCAGGUCUUUUUUCCUUCACAAAUGAAAUGUGUAUUCUGAGCUGAGGUGUUUUUAUUUCCUUUAGUAAUACUUAGACGGUGGGGUUCACAUAAGUGCUGCUCCAGCGUGCGUGUCCUCAAACGUGUUCAUUAGUGUAAAAAUAUAUUUUAACGCAGUGCAGCAGAUAAGAAAAAAAAAUCGUUUCAAUGGUGAUACAAACACCAAAUUUUGUAUAACUAAUCUAAGUCCCUCUUUUUUCCGAAAAGCAUGUUGGCCACCAAAAAUUUCAAGAUAUCCACCAACCUCAAGUGCUGAUUUGGAUGAAAUUUUUUUUUUUUUUUGUCAUUAGUUUCCAGCUACGGGUAUUGGCAUUUAUAUGUUUCUACAGUAAAUUAUUUUAUCAUUUCAGGGAAAUAUUUCAGUAUGGCUGCCAAUGGUAACCUGAUGACUUUGAAUAAUGAUAUUCUGUGAUCUAUUGUUCAGGCUCUCCAGUGACUGAUCCUGGUAUGGAUUUCUGUUCCUUCCACGGUAUAGAAUGUGUUUCUACUUUUCAAGGCUGAGGCAUUGUUCUUCUGUUUAGAUUUGAAAUUUUAUAGAUGACUGGUGCAUCAGCCUCUCCGUGCACAUUUGUAAAGUUGGGGAUAAACAUGCUCUUUCAAACACAGAUUCCAUCUGCAUGCUACCCUCACCUAGUGUAGCCCACUAGCUGUUGUUUCCCAGGGCAUGCCCGUUACCAUAUACAAGCAACUUCUACAACUACUCAUGCUACAAGAUACAGUCAUGGUCAGAAUUACCAGCACCCCUAUUGUUUUUUUUUCCAGUAAACAUUUUAAAACAUGUUCAGAAAUAAAUAAAAGCCCAUUUUGCAUGUUUUUUUUUUUAAAUCCCAAAGUUAUUGAACAAAGAUCAAAAUAAAAUGCUUUUGUAAAGUAGUUGUGAUAGGAGAAACUAUUCAUAAUGCAUCUUCUGACUGUCACAGCUUCAUGGUUGAGUUGCAAAUUAGACUCUUAAAAUGAAAACGUGAAAUUUUAGCUAGUUUGCCAGAAGGCACAUGGGAGACUGAAGCCUAGAUUUGAUCAGUUUUCUGGUAUAAAAAAUUGUUCCUUGGUCCACUCCAACAUGAAGCAAUGACGCAAGUCAAAAGAUGCACAGUGCACAGCUUCUCCAAUCACAACCACAGAAGCCUGUAACUCUGAGUUGUCAUAGGUGUCUUCUUCUUGCAUUCAGUUUUUGAGAACUGCCUACUCUGGACAGAUUUACCACACUGGUUUUAUUUCUUAAUGAUCAGCUGGAACCUACUAGCAUGAGAACCUGCACACGUUUAGCCAUUGAUGAUGUUAGCGUGCUAACUCAGUACUGAAUCAAUUAGCAUAAUUUUUGUCAUAGUAAAUAAUUAAACCUUAAAACAUCCAAACAUAGGGCCCAGGUAGAAAAAUCCCAGUUUCUUUUUAACAGAGAUCAAAUGAGAGUCCUUGAACCAAAUUAUACUUUUCCUCUAAAUUUAAAUGAAAUUAGGCCUGACUUAGAAUUAUUUUGAGACAAAGAUGACUGAAAACAUUACAUCCCUUACAGAGGUAAAAAUAAAUAAAUGAAUGGUACUAAAUCUAAACAGUAUCAGCUUUGGGUAACAAUGUAUCAUUAUUACGCAUAUCACUGUAUUGUAAACUAGGAACAAAAUUGCAUAACGAACAAAUAUGUGCACUCUUGUAUAUACUGCUUUCUUUCUUAUAUUCACCUUUUGUAAUAAAAUAUUACAAAGUAGUAGUGUUUGAUUUGACUUCAUUUUAUUAUUUUUGCUUUUUUCCCCCCGCUUUACUUUUUUCUGUUAAACCAAAAGCUGCCAAGUAACACAGUAAACACUGGAACAUUUGGCAAUAAUAAUACUCAGGAAAGGUAAGAGAAACAUA